AUGGUGAAACCUGAAGUCGUUGAAGGGGACGCCGCGAGUGCUGCAACAGUGAAAGCGUGGAUAACCGGUGAUAGCAAAGCGAAAUCGGAUAUUAGUUUAUCGAUACAUCCCUCAGAACUUAAACAAAUUAAGGGAUGUGCGACUUCGCGGGAAGUCUGGUUGAAGCUGGAAUCGAUAUUUCAGUCAAAAGUUCCGGCUCGGAAAGCCACCCUAAUUAAACAGCUCACCUUGCAGCGAAUGGACGACGGCGAUGAUACACGGGAACAUGUGCGAAAAUUUUUUGACGCGAAAGACAAGCUCGGUGAAAUGGAUGUUGAAGUGAAUCCCAAUUUGCUUUCGAUUUUAUUGUUCUAUAGUUUGCCCACAUCUUUUGAAAAUUUCAGAUGUAAAGAAUUUGGACACAAAGUCGCGGAAUGCACGAAUCGGAAAGACGAAAGAAGUCGACAAUACGCGAAGAAAGCCGACGAUGUUGUUUUGUGCGCGAUUGAAAGUUUUGUCGAAGCACGACGACGAAUCAAAACCACCAUUCAGAGAGUUAGUGGGUGCUCUUAUGUAUCUUGCUGUGGCCACGAGGCCGGAUAUUGCUCAUGCUGUGAGCGCUCUCAGUCAAUUCAACUCCAGCUUCGGUCAAACACAUUGGACAGCGCAAAACGCGUUUUGAGGUACCUUAAAGGUACAAUAAAUCUAGGACUCUCUUAUCAGUCAUCGGAAGGUCAAUUGGAAGGAUUCGUUGAUGCGGACUGGGCCAGCUGUUUAGUCGAUAAAAAGUCAUACACCGGGUAUGUCUUUACUUUGAAUCGUGGCGCUAUUUCCUGGAAUUCCUGCAAACAGAAAACAAUAGCGCUCUCUUCAACAGAGGCCGAGUACAUGGGAUUGGCCGAAAUAACAAAAGAAGCAAUCUACCUUCGAGGAUUCUUGUUAGAAUUCGGAUUCAGAGGUCCAGAAGCAGUCAAGAUUUCCAACGACAACAUGGGGGCCCUAAAGUUAUCCGAAAAUCCUGUUUUUCACACGAGAAGCAAACAUAUUGAUGUGAGACAUCAUUUUAUACAGGAUUCAUUGAAAAACGGACUCAUAAAAAUCAAUUAUCUGCCCACCGAAGCCAUGGUCGCUGAUAUCCUUACAAAAGGUUUGCCUGUUCCAAAACAUCGAAAUUGUGUUCAAUUGCUGAGAUUAGAAGAAGUUUAA